AUGGCUUCCACCACAUCCGGGGAUGUUCUACCUACAGGUGGCAGGAUCUUCACCACCGUGCCAGACAUCUUCUUUCUCCCUGAGUUUGUGUUUGGAGGACUAGUUUGGAUCCUGGUGGCAUCAACUUUGGUGACACCGCCAAACCCCUUGGGCUGGGUGAUGUUCGUGUCCGUCUUUUGUUUCGUGGGGACGACUCUCUGGUUCUUCAUCUUCCUCUGUGGAGGGAAUCAGGCCAGCAUCUGGCCAUCACUGGAUGUAGGAUUUCAUUUUUUGGCUGUGGUUUUCUACCUCAGUGCGUCUGUGGAUCUGGCCUACAUGACCAUUAUUACAGGCCAGGCUCUGCCAUUUUUUAAUCUUCCAGAAAACCUUAAAAUCUACCGACUGGACAUAGCCGCAGUGGUUAUGUCCUACGUGGCCACUCUCCUCUACUUCCUGCACGCCAUUUUCUCUGCCAUUCGAUGGAAGAGGUCCUGA